AUGGAGAAGGAAAGCCCUGCCAAUGUGGCUGCCUCAGGGACUUCCACGGCCCGGAAGACAGCAGAAGUGCUGGUGGGCAUGGAAGGGACUCGGGGCGAAUCCGGCGGGGCAGCGGCUACAGCUGGUCCUCAUGGAUCCCAGGGCCAGGAGCCAGGAAACUCCGGACCCUUGAAGCCUCCGGGCUCCUCGCCAGUUGCCCCCUUCCUCUUUGGCUGCUACCGCCCAUACCAGUUUGUAAAGGGGAGAGCUACACCUAGGGGUCAGCUUACUGCGACUGCCAAGCCUACUCUGGAGGCAGAAUCUUCCGUCACCCAGCAGGAAGACCCUGCUCAACCUAGAGUUCCAACUGAACAAGUUGAACUUUCUCCAAUCCAGACUGAUCCCCUCUCCCAGCCUGUGGAGACCCCUGAACAAUCUGAAUCUGUUCCAGCCCAGCAAGGAGUCAUAGCGCAGACUCCAGAUCUCUCGAAAGAGUUACAUUUUGCUGCAACUCAGCAGGGGGCCCAAGGUCUGCCACUAGAGUUCCCCAAGAAGGCCAAACCUCGAAUCCCCAAGGAAUCAUCUCUCUUGCUGCAGCCAGUCUUGACUCAGGUUCCAGCACCUCUUGAAACUGUUGCGCAGCUCUCAGUGGUGUGUGAAAUGACAGCACCAGUGCUAGCUGGGGACCCUACUCAGCAUCCAGUAUUACCCAGUGUCACAGCACAGCUCCUGGUCAUGGGGUUUACCACAAGUCCAGAGCCCACUACAGAGGCUGCGCAUUCUGUGGCCCCGCGGAAGGCUGAAGCUCGUUCGCUACAGUACUCUGAGGUGAUACUUGCACAGCCAGCCCAGGGCUGGGCUCAGCGUCCGCACCCGACUCCUGUCACACUUCAGCCUUUGGAUGUGGAACAUACUGUCAUCUGUCGGCGUUCUGUAAACUAUACUCCAGAAAGGGCCUUAACUGUGCAGAGGGAGCCGAAUGCGACCAGAGCUGUCAACCUGUGUGAGCUCUGCUCCUGUGACAGUGAGACCCUGUCAUGUGUUGGCCGCAGCCCGAGGCUGCUCUGGGUUCCUGUGCUAGAGCCUGGCACCUCCAACGCCUUCAUAGCCUUAAAUUUCCAAGGAAACUCUAUUCAUGAUAUUCAAGAAAAGACAUGGAAAACAUACCAGUGGGCAGAGAAACUAAAUCUCAGCGAAAAUUACAUCACUGAACUACGUGAGGAUUCCUUUGAAGGCCUGCUCUCCCUGCAGUAUUUAGAUGUAUCCUGCAAUAAAAUACAGUCUAUUCAAAGACAUACCUUUGAACCACUACCUUUUUUGGAGUUCAUAAAUCUUCGGUGCAAUUUACUCACAGAAUUGAGCUCUGGAACAUUUCAAGCCUGGCACGGGAUACAGUUUUUAUACCAAGUAAUUCUCAAUCAUAAUCCUCUGAGGACUAUUGAAGAUUCGUCUCUUUUUAAAUUGCCAGCAUUAAAAUAUCUAGACUUGGGACAAACACAUGUGCCAGUAACAGCCCUGGAGAACAGCGUCACAAUGGCUCUGGAGUUGGAAACACUGAUCUUGCCGAGCCACAUGGUCUGCUGCCUCUGCCACUUUGAGAAGGAUAUUGAGGUUGUCUGCAAGACAGUCAAGCUGCGCUGUGACCGCGCGUGUCUGACCAAUGCCACGCAGUGUUUGGGAGAAGCACCCAUAGGGAAUCCAGAAGGAGCCUUCAUGAAGGUGUUACAAGCCCGGAAGAGGAGCACCAGCACUGAGCUGACUAUUGAGCCUGAAAUGUCAUCUUCAGAGAAAAGUGGUGCUGACUUGUCAGGCUUUAUGAGUGAUCAGUUUGAAACUCACCUAAACCAACAACUCUGGCCCCUCAUCCCCAAUAAUGACAUAAGAAAGCUGAUUUCCCGGGUUAUCAGGAGCUUAAAAAUGGACUGCUCUGAGACCCACGUGCAGCUGGCCUGUGCCAAGCUCAUCUCCAGGACGGGGCUGCUCAUGAAGCUGCUCAGUGAGCAGCAGAAAGUCAAGGUGUCCAAGGCCCAGUGGGAUGCGGAGCGCUGGAAAAGUGAGAACUACAUCAAUGAGAGCACAGAGGAGCAGAGUGAACAGGAGCAGGAGUCAAGGGAGUUCACAGUAGAAGUUCCAGGAUAUGGCUAUAAAAACAAACUGAUCCUGACAUUAUCUGUGACGGGAGUAGCAUUGAUUUCAAUGAUAAUUUUCUGUCUUGUUGAGAUGGCCGUGGUCGAGUUUGUCACCUGA